CUGCGUUGCAGGGGAUGAGAUUGUCACUAUUUAUUCAGUUGGCUCUAUUCAUCCGUUAUACUUUUUGUGAUUAUUAUGAUGUCCUUGGAGUAUCUAAAUCUGCCUCAAAUUUGGAAAUUAAGACAGCAUAUAGGAAACUAGCGAAGAAAUGGCAUCCGGAUAAGAAUCCUUCAGAUAAAGCAAACAAAAAGUUCAUUGAAAUAAAUGAAGCUUAUGAGGUACUAUCCAACUCUAAGAAAAGACAUGAGUAUGAUACCUUCGGAAAAGUCCAUUCGGAUGGGAGUGCUCCUCCACCUGGACAUUAUCCAUACCGUCACGAAUUUGUUCACUCUUCGUUUGAAGAUCUUUUUGAUAUCUUUCCGGGGUUCAUCCGUGCGCCACAAUUCUCAACCAAUGUCCUUAAUAUCGACUUUCGAAGCUAUCGCCUAACCCAUCUCCCACGAUCUCGAACGGUGCCUUUGUUCAUAUUUGGUUAUUCUGACUUUUGCUUUCCUUGUCGUCAAGUUCGUCCCAUUUGGUCACAAUUAGCAGAUGAGCUUACUCCGUUGGGGAUUACUGUGGCUAGUGUUAAUUUAGAACAUGAUUCUGCACUGCGUGAAGAGCUACGCGUAUUACAUGUUCCGAGUGUGACAAUAGUUGUUGAUGGACAGGUUUCUUAUUAUUCUCGAGGUGAUUUCAGUCAUAAUAGUCUUAUUGAUGCAUUAAGAAGUGCAAUCAUGAAAUCGAAUCCUUCACGAUCUAAGGCAUUACCAAUAUUUCUUAGCACAACAAUCGAUACACCAUUAAUACAAAGUAUUAAUGAUUAUGAUACAUUUGCUAAUACUUUUCAUUAUGGUUGGCGUCGUGACAGUCGACCAAGAAUGGUACUUAUUAAACCAUUAACUUUACCACCGUUACGGUAUUGUGUGGCUGCUUUCAGAGCAGCAGAUCAUUUGGCUGCUGGUUAUAUUAAUUCUGAACCUGUUAACAAUCAUAAUCUUGCUAAGGAAUUCAAUGUAAAUCCAAAUGAGGAGACCUUAUUGAUAUAUCAUGAAGAUUCAAGUAUACCUGUCUAUCGUCAAUCAGCUACAAAAUUAUCACCUACUUUAUUGGAUAAUGCAAUGUUAGCUUAUAGUCAAUUAAAUAUCCCUAGAAUAUAUAGUCGUGCACGACUGUUGGAUUUAUGCCCAACUGAUGGAAGUAAACCAACCAGUAAAUAUGCAUUAGAAUCAGAUAAACAUUAUACUGAUCAUUCUAAUCAUCGUCACUUAUGCUUAGUAUUAUUGUUAAAUUCAAAAUUAUCAAAUGUUGAACAAGUAAACAGUUGGGGUGAUAUAUGGUUAACUAUGUUACGCCGUACAUUACAAUUAUCUCAAACAGAUUUAUCAAAAUUAUAUCAUACAAAUCAACAUAGUUAUCAUUUUAUGCCUGUACAUAUUUAUGUGGAUCGUCAAAUUAGUUUGAUGCAAAAAUUAAGUACAUCUUCUACAUGUUCAAAUGAAUCGUGUAAUUUACUUAAUGAAGAUAAUAUAGGCCGUUUAGCAUUAAUUUGGCGUAUCAGUUCAACUGAAACAUUUUAUCAACUUCUUCCCACUAAUUCAAUGUCUCAUCCAAGAAUUCAUUUAAAUGAAAAAAUGCUUAAAUCAAAUGAUUUAAAAAGUUUAAUACUAAAAUUUACUGAACAAAUGCAUACUGCUUUAAUGGAUGAUUUAAAAAAUAUUAUCCAAACAGUAUCUACUAUUGACAAAUUAAUUAAUCCAUCAAAUCAUUUUAGUCAUUCAAUUGAUAAAUUAGUAUCUCAAUGGUAUCUACUGAAAGAUUGUAUGAUUGAAGAAUUAAUGAUUGAUGAAUUAGUAGCGUCAAUAUGGAUUAGAAUGAGAAAUAGGCUGUUAGAGAUUCUUGUGGAUAUUGGACAUUCGAUGUUUGACGUUGUAAAUCAUCCUUUGGCGUUUGUUUUUUCAAGUUUUACGAUUAUCAUCGGUUUACUCUUAUUCAGUUUGAUAUCAACACUUGUACAAGCAACAAGAAAUGAACAGCAGAAUAAUUGUACUACGAAGAAGCGUUACAACGAAACAUAUCAAGAUGUUAAUACAUCAUUCUCAUCAAACAGUACUACUAGUGAUAAAAAUAGUAGUAAUUAUAGUAAUAAUAGCAGUAGUAGUCAGUGUAAAUUUACUGAAGGGUCAUCUGCACUUACUCCUGUUGUCUCAUUAAAUCCUUCUACAUAUGACCGUCUUGUUCGUGAUGCUCCUAAAGGUUUCAGGCUUCUGGUAUUAUGUGUUCGUGGAACUACUCAAGAUAAUCGGUUACGUGAUCAAUUUGACUUCAAAACUCGUCGAGUUUGUGGAAGUCAAAUUCAACGUGCUUGUCUUUCUAUGGAUCGAUAUUCCUGUUGGCUCGCAAAAUUACUUGAAUCUAUCAGAUCAAAUUUACCAAUACAUAUUCGUACUAAUAAUACUAUGCAAAAGAAUAGGAAUAUGAAUGAUACUACUACUACUACUACUACUACUACUACUACUACUACUACUACUAAUAAUAAUAAUAAUAAUAAUAAUAAUAAUAAUAAUAAUAGUGGAAUUUUAUUUAUUAAUCCAGUGAACUGUGUUGGAACAGUUAUUGCCGUCAAUGGUUAUCGACGUUAUUUCAACCUCUAUCAUCCUUUAAUUCCAGGUUCUCAAAGUAGUUCUGAUGAAAAUUCUGAAUCAGAUGUGGACGAAUCAUUAACAGUUGAAAAACAAGGUAAACGCUUACGACGUAGACAUAUAUUUGGUCGUGCAUUCGGUUUAGAAUCAGAUGAUGAAGAAGAUUUCAAUCAAUCUUAUAUUAGUAAAAAUCGUUCACAUUUAAAGUCAAGACAUCAAAUAGCUGAUGGAGUAUUAUUUGAAAGUGAAUUAUUAGAUGGUUUAUCCAAUUGGUUAGAUCGUCUAUUUGAAGGUUCAUUACCUCGUUAUAAUGUUUCAGAAUGGCCAAUCGGUUUACUUGGAGAUGAAAAUGAUGAUUAAAUUGUAUAGGUUAUGUCUUAUAUGCCGUGAUAAACGUUGAUGUUCUUAUUAUCAUCUAACAAAAAUAAUAUGGUUUAAUUCCAUUCUAUAUCAUCUGUAAUAAUAUUCAGAUUGUUCAUCUUUUUUCUUGAAGAUCCAUGGGUUUUUUCUUAUUGUAAUUUUAAGUAAAUCUUCAAUGUAGAUAUUUAUUCCUAGAAAGAAAGAGACAAUUUUACGUAAUAUUUAAAGUUUUAAUGUUUGGUGAAUUGUAUUCAUCAUUGUAAUUAUCGUAUCAUUUUUCCUAUCAUAUACCUGUUUAAUGAUUUGAGACUUUAUUUAAUUCACUUAAUAUAAGGCACUGUAUUUCAUUCGUAUUUGAAGCUUAUUUCUACCUUUUUGUCAAAUCAUAUUUGCUAGACAGUUCUAUCUUUCAAGUUGUCCAGAUGUUUGGAAUACUUUUUAGGCGACCUGUUUCAUUGAUCUUCCAUUUGUUACAAUCGAAGUUCUUGGUUCGCUUUUAUCAAACUUCCGUUGGAAAACUGAAUAUUACUUUAGGUCGUUAUGUAGUAGUGGAUAUUAGUAAGAAAUCAUGGAUUUGUAAUUGAUAGUCUGAGUCGAUAAGAAGUAAACGAGGUAGUUUGUUUACUUGUAAAGUAAGUCAUUGGUAACAAAUUAACAGGUUUGUGUAGAUGUCGUUCUUUCU